AUGUGGGGCAGAUCUGCCGACCUGCCCAGAAGAGACUGCGAACACAAAACCACUUGGAAAGUUUUACGGGUCCAAAUAUGUGAACUCGCUGAACACAUGACCAGUACAGGAGACUCGAUAGACUGGUCCAGUUACGAGGACUUCAUAUCAAAGCGUAAGAUUGAGGAGUCUAUAGAAAAUUACAAAACAAACAACGUCCUGAACGGAAGGAACGAGUGCAGAAAAGUGAGUAUGAACUAUUUGUGUCUGUUGGAUAGGCUUAAGGAGAGGGAGAAAGAGCCACUGAACAUGAGAAAACUGAAAGUGUCCGGUGAAGAGAUGCAAAGGUCGAUCCCACCAGAAGACAUACUUGUUGACAGUGUUUCCGAUGUAACCUCCUUCGAUUCCGGUGAAAAGGUGCUAAGCUUUCGUCUGUCGUGUGACGAACAUCAGAGCAAGGUAUCAUACUUACAACCAAAUUGA